UGACCGUCAGCCUCGUUUUCACGAAAUUGUAAAUAUUUUUAAAUUCGGCUCCAGAAAACAUUGCAAAUUACAUUGUUGAAUCCACAGGAACUUGGAGCACAUUCCUCAGUAGUGGAUUUCUGCAAGAGUGACGAUUGCGCUAAGCAUUUUUGAACGAAAGGUGGUGGGUCACUCUGAUGUCAGCUGCUGAUACAAGUUCCUGCACUGCAUAAGUUGAGUCUUUAUUAAUAAUGGAGGCAUACUGGUUUCAAAAGGAGAUUGAACUGGAACAAAAACAUGAAGAAUUAGUAUUGAAACGUGAGGCCCUGCUGAGAGGAACUGAGGCUUACUAUGAUAAACAGGCAAAACAAGCCUCCAGUUUUAUAACCAACUACAAAAAGUCUGAUGAUCGAAAUGAACAACUGAUUGAGGACUUCAAGAAAGUCAGACACAAUUUGCAGGGAUUGAAUUGCGGAGAAGACCAAAGGUUUACUCGAUUAAAGAAUAAUUACUGGGCCAUGGUUAAGAAUGUGUACCAUGUAUGGAUACAAGAACAGAGAGAUUACAUGCAAAGACACCAUCUUCCCAUCCCAGAGCAUAUACAGAACUACGGACACAAAACCCCCUCCAGUCCUAGAAUAACCACACCUAGGGGUCGACUGACAAUAGAUGACCAACAGGGGGCUCAAAGUAUCACCCCUGGUGCUCUUUCGUCUAGGUUAUCAACGCCUCCGAUAUCCCAAAGGACAAACAGUCCAUGGGGGCCUACAUCACCUGCAUAUAGGGACACAUCUCCUAUGUCUAGAUCUGUCUCUAUGUCACCAAGACAACCUCAACAAAUACAUACAUCAAUAAACUCUGAAACGAAUGCUUUUGGUGCACAUGACCGUGAUAAGCAAAGCAAAUCUCGUAAAAAAGUCCCUAAAUUUAUUGAUGAUGAAUUUGACAACUCUGAAAAUGAAAUUGAUGAUUAUUAUGGAAACGAGGAUCGUAAAAUCAAAUCUGGAUCAGUUAAAGACAUACAGGUUGAAAAGCUGUCCAAGCAGAGCAAGAUGAAGAAACACUCUUAAGAAGUCAAGCACAAGAAAGAAA